CUUAAAGAUUAUUGUGUAAUAUACUUGGAGCAAGUAUCCACUCCAAAUGCAAAACAUUGUGAUGAAUUUAUGGCAAAACUUUCAAUGUGUAAUCAUAAAAUUCAUGUUAGAAGGUCGGAUGGCACUGAAAUUUUGCCGAUUAAUAAUUUAAGUAAUAAAAAAGAUACUUAUAAAGUAUUCAGAAGAUCCUGUCUAAAAGAUUCUUCAGUAAUAAUCGGUAUUGAGAUGCUAAAACCUGAAUUCAGUCAAAACCCUUCUACCGCCUUCUCAACCACUCCAUUCAACAACACAGCAAAACAAAUUUUUCCUUCAAAAAUAAAGACCAUCUGGACCGAAGAAUUGCAUAAUCCUACGACUGCCGAUGUUAGAUUUGUUAUUGGUGACCAUGAAUUAUUCGCAAGUAGUUCUAUCCUUGCGAAAAGAUCUAAAUAUUUUAAAGAUAUAUUUGAUGAAAUGAAACGUGAUACAAAAUAUGAAAUUAAUGAAAAUUUCGGCAUUCGUGAAAAAGAAAAAUCCGGUAUUGGUGGUGAAAGUGAUGAAAAACUCUCCAUUCCGGAUGAUGAAGAAAGCUGGUCUUUUGAUGACACUCUUUCAGUAGUUUCUACAACUUCAUCUAAUGAAACCGUAUUCACUUCUUCCUCUAAACCUUCUCCCUUUAAAUCCCGUGAUUUCUAUUAUGAAUUAGUAAUCUCUGAUUUUCCAUACCACUCAGUUCUCCAAUUACUUCAAUUCUUAUACACCGAUGAUCUACCUUUCACUGAUAAAGUUUCUUCUUUCCCCUUCUCCGAUGAAAUAUAUUCCCUAUAUGGUAUCGCUGACAAAUACCAAAUAUUUGACCUAAAAUCACAUCUCAAAAAACUUAUUCUCUGUAAUCUUAAAUUGGAAACUUGUGCAGAAAUGUUAUUCAAACACGUUUGGAAAUGGCCUGAAUUAAAACGUGUUGUUAUGCCAUUUGUAGUAAAAUACUUUGCAAAAAUUAAGUGUACGCAAGGUUAUUUAAAUAUAGUAGAAAAGUGUAAAUGUGGAGAAGGUGAGAAUGAGUUUCCAACGUUCUAUGAAUUAAAUUUUGAGAUUUUAAUGGCAACAUUUUCAUGUUCUUGUUAA